AUGGCAAAUGCUAGUAGCGACGAAAACAACGGUUUUCGACAAAUGUUAAAAUUGCCCGGUUUCUACCACAAGGAACCUGGAGUAUGGUUGGCCGAGAUUGAGCUCCUUUUUGAUUACGCGGGCGUUACCACCGAGAAAAACAAAGCUGGCGCAGUCCUGGCAGCUCUAGAUUUCGAGACGGUAAUGACGAUUAGCGAUAUCAUUACUCAAGAAACCCAACCGGAUGAUAUUUACGCGCAAAUCAAGCAAAGAUUGAUAUCAAGUUACGCGGUUUCGUCGGAAUCACAAUUGCGACAAUUAUUAAAGGGCGAGUUGUCGGGAGAGGGGAAGCAAUCGUUAAUAUUGAAUCGAAUUAAAACAUUCAGCCAAGAGAAAUGCGGAGAGGAAAUUAUUAAAACCGUGUUUUUAGAUCAACUGCCUAGCUGUUGCCGUUCAGCAUUAGCCCUAAGUGAGGUUAAAGAAGUUGACAAACUUGCCGAAUUAGCAGAUCGCUUCGUCGAAGCCUCCGGGUUGGCUGGUAAUUCUCAGGUCGCGGCCGUUUCUUCCGAAAAUUCCCACGACGAAUUGGUGAAAAUGAUCGAGACGUUGUCCGCGAAGGUUGACGCCAUUUCUGCUCCUAGUAGAUUUCGUCCAACUCAGCGCCCUGAUACCUAUAGAAACAGAAACAGAAACACCGGUUCGGAUCUGUCAAUAAUUCCGGUAAAGCCUCAAAAUGCAGUUAAACCAUCCGAUUAUGUUAUUUAUGCUGCAAAUAACUCGCAGAUAAAUACAUACGGAUGUCGAAAAUUAACGGUUGAUUUUGGGAUUAGUCGACAUUUACCUUGGGAUUUUUGUACAGCCUCGGUACCAUACCCUAGUAUCAGAGCCGAUUUCUUAACAUUUUUCGGCCUAACAGUUGAUUUAAAAAAUCGGAAACUUAUUGAUGUAAACUCUGAGUUGCAUACCACGCAUGGCGUAUAUCAUCACAUCGUGACAAAAGGACCUUUAGUGUCCCAAAGACCGCGUCGGCUUCCUCCCGACCAGCUUGUAAUUGCUAAAGACAAUUUUAAAGCUUUAACGGCAGAAGGAAAGUGUCGACCGUCUAGUGCAGCCUAUGCUUCUCCCAUCCACAUGGUCCAAAAAAGUGAUGACUUGCACGCGGCAUACCACCAAAUACCCGUUUUUGCCGAUGACGUUCCGAAAACCGCUGUAACAACACCGUUUGGACUUUUUGAGUUCCUGUUCAUGCCAUUUGGCUUGAGGAAUGCGGGACAAACAUUCCAGCGGUAUAUGUUCAGGGCUCUCGGCGAUUUAGAUUUUAUUUUCGUAUACUUAGAUGACAUCCUCAUUGCUUCUAGAAGUCUGCAGGAACACGAGGUGCAUCUAGACACUGUUUUCAAGCGCCAUAUUCUCGAUGAGAACGGUUUCGGUCCUACUCCAGAAAAGAUUCGGGCCGUAUCCGAGUACGGAAAACCGCGCACGAUCCAAGAGCUUCGACGUUUUUUGGGGUUGGUGCAUUUCUACCGCCGUAACAUUUCACACGCCGCACAGAUCCAGCAACCUCUCAACGCGUUUUUACAUGAUACGCGUAAAAACGAUAAACGUGAGAUUAAUUGGAAUCCGGCAGCCGAUAAUGCUUUCGAGGCGGUGAAGGAAGCUUUAGUUAAGGCCACACUGCUCGCUAAUCCGUCUUCUAGCGCACCUAUACGUCUCGUUACGGACGCAUCGGAUCUGGGGAUGGGAGCGACUUUAGAGCAAUUUUUAAAUAACGCGUGGCAACCUUUAGCAUUUUUCUCUCGAAAAUUUAACUCCGCCCAGUCUUUGUUAUUAGAAGUGGAUCUUCGUUUUCCUGUCAAUGUUGCAUAA